CUUGUAUCAAUGUCAACUCUUCCUUAUAUUAUAGCAAUCCUCCCCUUCUUCUACCCAAAUUUUCACAGAUCAUAUUUCCAGCAGAGAAGAAUCUGCUAUGGCUGUUUAAGUGUAGUGAUCGAGUAAAGCCUAGCUCUCUAAGGGCCUAGCUCACAGAGACUUGACAAGUUUAGUUUGUUUGCUUUUGUGGAUUGAUCUUGUUGCUUCUACAAUGGAUAGUGUUCCGGUAGCAUGUCUCAAGCUUCUAUGGGAUCCCAUGUCUCACCAGCUUGCAUACAUUUUUGGUUUUAGUCAGAAAUUAAGACAACUUGAGAUGAACAAAGGCAUACUUACCUCUGCAAAAGCUGAUGUUUUAAGGGAGAUAGAAAAUGCUGAGAUCAGAGGAUACAUUCGCACGGAUGGGGUUAUCUGUUGGCUACACGAUGCUGAUAUGGCUGUAGCUGAGGCGGAAGAGAUUUGUUCAAAAGCAAGAAGGAUGAAAAAUAGUGCAUGCUUUGGCAUCAAGAUCGUGACGCGGUACAAGUUGGGGAAACAAAUCGUGAGGGCGAGUAGUUUUUCUUCUGAUGUUCAAGGGAGGACAUCGAUGAAUUUUUUUGUUCCUCCUCCACCAGUCGUUCCUCCACCCGUUGCCGAGCUACAUUAUCCUACGUCGCAAAUAAAGAACAACACAUCCUCUUCUCGUACAUUAAAAAAGUUACGGAACUUCCUACAGGAUGAUGCCAUCGGAAAGAUUGGAGUUUGGGGCAUGGGGGGAGUUGGCAAAACUAGACUUAUGAUAAAUCUCAACAAUGAACACCAAGGAACUAAGUGUUUUGAUGUUGUCAUAUUUGAAACUAUUUCAAAGAACUGGAAUAAAGACGUGAAAAAAUUGCGUAAUAAUAUUGGGAAGUGGGUGUACCUGGAACUGGAGAAGGAAAAUGAAAGGAAGGCCUCGGGGGUAUUGUAUACGAGGUUAAAACAGAAAAAGUUCUUGCUAAUUUUAGAUGAUGUCUGGGAUAAUAUCGAUUUAGAAAAUCUAGGAAUUUCUUCUCCUACUGAACAUAAUGGGAGCAAAAUAGUUAUAGCUACUCGUCAAAAAUGGAUUUGUAAUGAGAUGGAGACUGAUGUGGAAAUCAUGGUGAAAAUUUUACCUGAUGAAGAGUCGUGGAACUUGUUUUAUGAAAAAGCAGGUGGAAAUAUCCACUCAAGAAUAGGGAAUGUUGCUCGUUCAGUGUGUAGAGAGUGUCGGGGUUUGCCACUUGCAAUCAUCACCGUGGGAAGUGCUUUGAGAAAGGAAGUCCACUUGGACCAAUGGGAGCGAGCUCUAAGGUUGCUUCGGGAAUCAAACUUUGGUGUUGAAAACAUGGAGGAUAGUGUUUUCGUUCCACUGAAAUUCAGCUAUGAUAUGUUAAGAGACGACCAACUUAAAAAAUGUUUUCUUUUUGCUGCGCUAUUCCCUGAAGACCAUGACAUUGCAGUUCAAGAGCUGAUACAGUACUGGGUAAUGGAAGGGUAUAUAGAUGGUGCUAAAAGCUUGAGAGAUGCUUAUCAGGAUGCUCAUCGACUUUUGAUAUUAUUGAUUGACUCAUGUCUGAUAGAAAGGAGUAGAAAGAAAGACAUGGUGAAGAUGCAUGAUCUCAUUAGAGACAUGGCUAUAAAAAUUACCACUGAUAGCACCGAAGAAGGUAAAAGGUUUUGGGUAAAAGCUGGAAUGGGGCUGGAGAAACUUGUCGAUACAGAGGAUUUGAAGGAUAAGGAUAAAAUUUCACUGAUGGAAAAUGAUAUACAAUUGAUUGAAGUUGAUUUAAACUGCCCUAAUGCUUCCACUUUGUUGGUUAAAGGUAAUGCCAGUUUGUAUGAGAUACCAGAAGGAUUCUUUCAACACAUGAAGCUACUUUCUGUUCUUGAUCUGUCAGCCACCAGUAUUGAGUUCCUUCCUGAAUCUAUUUCUGUGUUAGUCAACCUCAGUGCCCUCAUUCUCAAAGAAUGUCCCCACUUAAGGAGUAUUGAUCGUGUCCAAUUGCUAAAGAAGCUCAGGUUUCUUGAUAUGAGAGAAUCUGGAAUCAUUGAGCUGCCGGAGGGUAUGGUGUGUUUAACUCAAUUGGUUUAUUUUAAUAUAUCAUGCACCUAUCGCCUCAAGAAAAUCCCUGCUGGACUCAUUGCUAAGUUCUCUCGCCUGGAAGACCUCGAAAUGAACAGAAGUUUUUAUUUAAGAGGAUUGCAGAACGCAAAGGAAAUCAUUGAGGAGCUCGAGCAUUUGAAAAGAUUGAACAAUCUCUCACUUGAUUUAGAGAAUCAAAGACUUUCCUUUCUCCUUGAAAAACAUUGUAAUUGGAAUAAUCUAACAAGUUUUUAUCUUAGAGUGGGAUCUGUUAUGGCACCGAUUGAAUAUGUUGAGAAAAAGGAGGAGGGACCAAGAGAACCAGAAAGAAGAAGAGGAAGAUGUUUAGACAUCACUAGUAAUGCCUUUGCUUGCAGAAGACUUCUAAAGUAUGCAAACAAGCUUUGUGUCUAUCAGAACACAAAACUCUGCUCGAUAUCUGAACUUGGGCUGGACAAUCUUGAAUGCGUUGAAGAAUGUUGGGUGUGGGAAUGUGAAGAGAUGGAGUUUAUAAUCAUUUCUGAGGUGGGAAAGGAGAAUACUUAUCCACACUUGCAGCUCUUGCACCUAGAACACCUUCCGAGACUAGUGAGUAUCUUUUCUUACCACAAUGUUGUUGCUGCUCCUAGCUUCUUUAAUCUGCGAAAAAUAAAUUUGUGCAAGUGUAACAUGAUACAAUUUGUCUUCGAAGAAGAAAUGAUCAGUCAGCUUGGUUGUCUAGAAGAAUUGGAAGUCUAUGGCUGUCCGUAUCUAAACAUGAUAAUCGAAGAUUAUUCAGAGAGAGACGGUAUGUGUCUGCCCAAAUUAAGGUGUAUUUCCCUCUCAGAAUUGAAGAUGUUGGAAGAACUAUGGCUCAUCAAUCUGUCAUUGCCUUCCCUUGUUGAGAUCAAAAUCCAUCAAUGCCCUAAGUUAAAGCCACCACGGCUAACCAACGAGCUUGCACCAACAUUACAAGUUAUUGAGGCAGAGGAGCGGUGGUGGGAAUCUUUGCCAGAAAAUGAAAUAUUUAAGUUACAUUUUGCAUCUAUCUUUAAGCCAUCAACUAAGCUCUACAGAGAGAGCGACCAAAGCGGCAAAGGUGUCCAAUCUACCAAUACCCAGGCUAGUUCUUCCCAUUAGCUUUUAGGAACCACACCAGAUGUGGAGACUAGAGGAAGAGUAUUUUACCAUACUCACCGAUUAUGAAGGUUCCUAAAGUGUCAACCAAGUCAGGAGAGGUCGCUUCGAAGUUUGUUUCUCCCUUUGAUAAUGAAGAAGUUAUUUGAUUCUGUGGCUGUGUGUUCAAGUAUUUCUCAGGAUUGAAUUGUAAUAGAUAACCAAACAUGGGA